AUGUUCUGCAGUGGCAAAAGCCUGCUCUUCCUUGCUUUGGCAUGGGUGCUGCUUGCUCACCUCCACAGCCAGUCAGAAGCAGCAAGCAGCUUUGACUGCUGCCUUCGGUACACAAAGAGCGUCAUUCCUUCCAAAGCUAUUGUGGGUUUCACAGAACAGCUGGCUGACGAAGCUUGUGACAUUAACGCUGUCAUCUUUCACACCAAAAAGAAACUGGCUGUGUGUGCUGAUCCAAAGCAGACCUGGGUGAAAAGGGUCGUGCGCCUCCUCAGCCUGAGAGUUAAGAGGAUGUAA